AUGUCUUGGAAAGACAGUUUUGGGUUUACAGACCGACUGCGAGUCAUACAGUCUCUCACAGCAGCCUAUCAGCGAGCUUCUACCACGCCUGACUCCGCGUUUGCAGAUGCAAUGGCCCAAGCAAAGCGAAUCGAAACCGAGGCGUACGAAAAAGCGACCUCUAAAGAACUAUACAAUUCUAUCUGUCAACAAGCAAUUGAUGAAGCUGAAAUCGCAGGGUCCAUGGAACAGAUAAAUAGUAGCCCAGGUCAUGCUGAAGACGAUCUUAAAGAACUAGAGACCACAACCGGGGAAGUGAUAGGUCGAUAUGAGUCUUGUGUCAAUCAUUAUAAUGGCCUCCACUCCACUAUCUACAAAUCCAAGUGGGAGGAUGGGACUGUCCGAGCAGUGAAGGUCACUAUUCCCCAUAUGAUGACUGCCCCCCAUGAUGCGCACCGCGAGGCGCGCCUGUUACGCGAAGCCUCUCAUACGCAUAUCCUUCCUUUGAUAGAGACAUUCAGCCUAGAUGGCGGCAGGUUCAUCUUGGUUCUCCCAUUCAUGAAAUAUGAUUUCGAGCAAUUGCUCCGACGGGGCAUAGUGACUGCUUCUCAAACCCGGUCAAUUCUGCGAGACCUUUUCCGCGGUCUUGCCCAUCUCCACAGCCUGGGUAUAAUUCAUCGAGACAUCAAGCCCUCGAACAUUUUGAUGGAAUCUCCCAAUGGGCCUGCAUAUUUGGCAGACUUUGGCAUUUCGUGGAAAGAGGGUGAUACGGGAUCUGAGCCACCUAGCCAGAAAAUCACAGAUGUGGGCACAACUUGCUAUCGAGCCCCAGAGAUUCUCUUCGGAUUUAAAGGAUAUGGACCAGCUCUCGACAUCUGGGCAGCCGGAUGUGUAGUGGCAGAAGCCAUUACUGUCGGUCACCACCAACUCUUCGACUCUGGACCCGUGGGCAGUGAUUUAUCGCUGAUUUUCUCCAUCUUCAAAUUGAUGGGCACUCCGGACGAACAACGUUGGCCGGAGGUUCGGGAAUUGCCAGAUUGGGGGAAAGUAGAAUUCCACUCUUUCCCUCCGCAGUCCUGGGAAGACAUCCUCCCGGGUGCGUCUUCGAAAGGCCGUGAUUUGGUCAACCAGCUGUUGCGCUAUGAGACCAGCGAAAGACUCUCAGCAGAAAAGGCCCUCGCCCAUCCAUAUUUUGUCGCCACCUGA